AUGAUAGCGAACGACAAUGAGACCGCCCAGCCACCUGGGCGGGCAACUCGAUCCUCGCUUGCAUGCGCGCCGUGUCGAUACAAGCAUUUACGCUGCGAUGGCAAGAAGCCGGCCUGCAGCCGCUGCACAGUUGAUAAAAAAGAAUGUACUUAUCAUGCGUCUCGACGCCGGGGAAAUCCAAGGCAAAAGCAGUCACAAGAAUCUUCAACGACGACGACAACCGUAUCCGACAGCUCCCCAGCAUCUAUUCUUGAAAACCAGAGAUAUUUCGAUCUUCCGGUGCAGGUAGCUUUGAACAACAACAAUGUGGACCUACCCCAAGCGAAUUCGGAGUCCAUUCUGCUUGGUCUCUACUACGAAUUCUUCCAUGCAGCUCAUCCGUGUGUCCUGCCUCGUCAAUUCUUGAAUACAUACGCCAAUCAAAGCGCAAUUCAACCUCUUCUACUGGUUUUGAACUACAUCGGCUCUCUGUUUGCAAGCUCCAUGUCUUCUGACUCACUGCAUCAAGAAAUACAGACCUACCUGGUCAGCAUUCGAAACAGGACGCGCUCCAUCACGGGAUUCGAUGUGCAAGCUGUACUACUUUGCUCAAUCGCUAUAUAUUGGUGCAAUGAGCCAGAUGCUGGCGUUGAGCUGGUGGACGAAGCUAUUCGCCUAGCCUUGGAGCUUGGGAUGAACCGACAAGAGUAUGCAGACGAGAACAGCCAAAAUGAUCCAAUCCUAGCCGAAAGCUGGCGGCGGACGUGGUGGCAAAUCUACAUUACAGACACACACAUUGCCGGCAGUACACAUAAAUUCCCAUUUCGCUGUAGCAACAUCGAAAUGACCGUGAAUCUUCCCUGCGAAGAACGAGAUUAUGAAUCGGGUAUAAUUCCCAGGCCUAGAAGUCUGCAAGAAUAUGACAACCGUGAAUUCUUCUCUGACGAUGAAGUCGGCUUCUCAUCGUAUGCUGAACUCAUCGGAUUGACGAGGGGAAUCGACCAAGCCUUGUCACCCGGAGCUACAUCUGAUGUCCAGCUUUACUCUUCGAUGUGCUCAAAUUCGGAUACCAGUGUCACCGCUUGGCAUUCACUUCUGCCCAACUCCAAGAGAACCAUCUUGCGACCCGACGGUACUGUUGACGAAGUCAUGUUUAAAGCAGAGUUUAUCAUGCAUACGUAUACCAUUGAGGUGCAUCGACCAAUGUCAUCACUUGCUUACAGUACGAUUGAAGCUAUCUCCCGCUGUGCUCCUCUGGCCCCCUCCGAAGGGUUCAACUGUAGCAACUCGGCGGAGCGCCAAUUACACACAAUGAAGUGCCUUGCCGCCAUCGACAAACUGCAAUACCUUCUGACCCUUCCCACCAAUAUCACGACCCACUCACCUUUCAUUAUCUGCAUGCUGGCCAAUGUCACCAUUGCACAUCUUUCAGCUUGUCGAUUUGUUCUUGAGGGAAAGAAGCGCACACAAUGUCGGGAGAAGAUACGCCUUACUAUGGGAACAUUGAAACGCCUGAGUGACUAUUGGACAUUGGGCAAACGAACAUAUCGAGAGAUCGGCAUCAUUGCGCGAGAGAUAUUGUGCCUGAUUGAUAAAUCGCCCACACCCGCACCCGAACCGCUAGUAGAUUCAUCGUUUGUUCCAUCAGCAGUUGAUCUGAGCGCACUGGGAUUAAUACCUGGACCCGACUUUGAUUUUUGUGCAUUCUUUGACUCGGGCAUAGGAGCAACUAUGGAGGAGAGUCGACAGCUGGUUUUGUAA